GGGGAUUAGAUUACACUAAUGUCGACCGGCCAAAGCUGGCGUGGCGCCUCGCCAACAGUUUCAUAUAAAAAAAGGGGAAGAAGGAAACCAUCGAAUUUAUUUAAUAUAUCAGCUUCUGAGGGCUUUCCACUCUCUCUCUCUCUCUCUUUCUCUUUCUGGUAAUAGGUGGGUUUUGGAGGAAAUGGAGGGCGGAUUUUUGGAGACCCAAGUGACUGUUGGGAAGGAACAUUCUUGUGUGGAUGAACAGUCUGUCAGGGAGAAGGGACCUGGGGAAUUUGGGUGCAUGCAUUACAGACGGGGAUGCAAGAUCAGAGCACCUUGUUGUGAUGAGAUUUUCGACUGCAGGCAUUGCCAUAACGAAGCCAAGAAUGCUUUGGAAGUUGAACCAGUUGAUCGCCAUGAUAUUCCUCGCCAUGAUCUGAAAAGGGUCAUCUGUUCAUUGUGCAACACAGAACAAGAUGUUCAACAGCACUGUAGCCAAUGUGGGGUUUGCAUGGGAAACUACUUUUGCCCCAAAUGCAAGUUUUUUGAUGAUGACGUUUCGAAAAAGCAGUAUCAUUGUGAUCAAUGCGGCAUCUGCAGAACCGGGGGUGCGGAGAACUUUUUCCACUGUGACAGAUGUGGGUGCUGUUACUCAACAGUGCUGAAGGAUUCACACAAUUGUGUGGAAAAAGCAAUGCAUCACAAUUGCCCUGUGUGCUUUGAGUUUCUUUUUGAUACGACAGCAGACAUUACUGUCUUACCAUGUGGGCACACUAUACAUUUGGAAUGUGUGAAAGAGAUGGAGCGGCAUUUUCAGUAUUCUUGCCCAGUUUGCUCAAAAUCGUACUGUGAUAUGUCACGUGUGUGGGAAAAACUGGACCACGAGAUUGAUGCGACUCCAAUGCCUCCGAUGUAUCAGAAUAAGUUGGUCUGGAUCCUCUGCAAUGAUUGUGGACAAACGUCAGAGGUAAAUUUUCACAUUGUGGCACUCAAAUGCCUCAAAUGCAAAUCCUACAAUACGAGGCAGACACAAAGAGGGCCAGCAUCAUGCUCAUCAAGGGUUUCAGAGAUGGUGAGAUGAAUGACGUGCAGGUCAUUACCUUACACUGUUUUAGGUUCUAAGUCGGGUUGGUCACAAUCACAAAAGGCAGCUUUUAGUUCUGGGUCAGGUUGGAGUCUUAGUUAGUGCUUGUCCCUUAUUCAUUGCCUGCUAGUUUCUCUGUAGGUUCACUGGUUAGAUAUUUGCUCGUAUUUGAGCAAAUUUCUAGAUGCCAGUGGAAAGGGACAAGGGUUGCUUUUUGUAGUGUGAGAAUAAAUCGUAUGACGCUUUAUCAUAAAUGGAGUAUGUUCCAUUAUAUCACAUGUGCCAUCAUUAUAAUCCAUUUUUGAUCCAAAUAUGAAUAUAGGUUUGCAACUGAUACUAGAGAUUGAAAAGAUUGAGAUUUGAAAGGGGCCAAA